AUGUCUGUGGAUAUUGAGGCAACUUAUAAGAAAGUCUCGCAGCUUGAACACGUUCUUCUACGUCCUGAUACUUAUAUCGGCUCUAUUCAAUACACACAAACGUCAACUUGGGUCUACGAUUCAGAAGCCGAUAAACUUGUUUAUCGAGAAAUAUCUUAUGUGCCUGGAUUGUACAAGAUUUUUGAUGAAAUUCUGGUAAAUGCUGCUGACAAUAAACAAAGAGAUCCCAAAAUGAAUACAAUCAAAGUUGAUAUUGACAAGUUUGGUUUUCCUUAUUUGGAAGUUGAUUUCAAUGAAAUAUUUAGGGAAAAUAACUCCAUCUCUGUUUGGAAUAAUGGUCGUGGAAUUCCUGUUGUUAUGCACAAGGUUGAAAAGAUGUAUGUGCCAGAAAUGAUUUUCGGAACGUUGCUUACCUCUUCUAACUACAAUGACAACGAGAAAAAAACAACUGGUGGUCGAAAUGGUUAUGGGGCUAAGCUGACCAAUAUUUUUAGCAAAAAGUUUACUGUUGAAACUUCUAGUUCUGAGUAUGGUCGGAAAUUCAAACAGACUUGGGUUAAUAGUAUGAAAAAGCAAGGGGAAGCAACUAUUUCGGAUAGUACAAAGGAUGAUUACACAAAAGUUGUUUUUCAACCAGAUUUGAAGCUUUUCAAAAUGGAAGAAUUGGAUGACGAUAUUAUUGGAUUAAUGUCACGUCGAGCAUAUGAUAUGGCAGGGACAACUCGCGGAGUUAAAGUUUUUCUGAAUGGAAAGAAAAUCCCUUGUCAAGGCUUUAAACAAUAUGUUGAACAAUAUACCAGUCAACUGCAUAAUGAUGAUGGUACUCCUGUCAAAGUUUCCUUUGAGACUGUUAGUGACCGUUGGGAGGUUGCUUUGUGUAUUUCUGACACUGGAAAUUUUAAACAAGUUUCUUUUGUUAACAGCAUUUCUACACCAAAGGGAGGAACUCAUGUUGAUUUAGUUGCUAAUCAAAUUGCUGGCAGUCUUGUUGAAAUUGUAAAGAAGAAAGUUGGAAAGAAUAAUAUGGCAGUUAAACCAGCACAAAUAAAGAAUCAUAUGUGGGUUUUUGUCAAUUCCUUAAUUGAAAAUCCUGCAUUCGACUCACAAACAAAAGAAACGCUUACUUUACCUGCAAAAAGUUUUGGUUCAAAGUGUGAAUUGAGUGAAAAGUUUUUGAAAGAAGCACAAAAAUGUGGAAUUGUCGAUCUUGUUUUGAAUUGGGUUCAAUUUAAGCAAAAUCAGCAAAAAGAUAAAAUUGGAGGGAAAAAAACUGCAAAGCUUAAGGGAGUUGCCAAAUUGGAAGAUGCGAACGAAGCUGGAACUCGUAAUUCUUGUAAAUGUACGCUUAUUCUAACUGAAGGAGAUUCAGCCAAAACUUUGGCUGUUGCUGGAUUGGGAGUCAUCGGUCGCGAUUUUUAUGGUGUUUUUCCUCUUCGUGGAAAGCUUUUAAAUGUUAGAGAUGCAAAUCAUAAACAGAUAACGGACAAUGCUGAAAUUAAUAAUAUGAUUAAAAUUAUUGGUCUUCAAUAUAAAAAGAAGUAUGAUGUUGACGCUGAUUUGGAUUCUCUUCGUUAUGGAAAGAUUAUGAUAAUGGCUGAUCAGGAUCAAGAUGGUUCUCACAUCAAAGGAUUGGUCAUCAACUUUAUUCAUUCAAAUUGGCCUUCCUUAAUUCGUCGUAACUUUGUUGAAGAAUUUAUUACUCCAAUUGUUAAGGCAUCUAAAGGAAAGGAAUCUCGCAGUUUCUUUUCAAUCCCUGAAUAUGUUGAAUGGAGAAAAUCAACUGAUAAUUGGAAAUCCUGGAAAAUAAAAUAUUAUAAGGGAUUGGGUACUUCAACAUCCAUUGAAGCAAAAGAAUAUUUCUCAAAUAUGCUUCGUCAUCGCAUUCCUUUCAAAUAUAGAGAUGAAGAUGAUGACAGUGCAAUUGAAUUAGCCUUUUCCAAAAAGAAAAUUGAAGAUCGAAAGGAUUGGUUAACAAAAUGGAUGGAGGACAGAAAACGACGCCGUGAACGUGGAGAUAUGGAUAUCUAUCUUUAUGAUAAAGAUACUCGGAGUGUUACCUUUUCGGAAUUUAUUAAUAAAGAAUUGGUGCUUUUUUCGAAUACAGACAAUGAACGCUCCAUUCCGAGUUUGGUAGAUGGAUUGAAACCUGGACAGAGGAAGGUUCUCUUCACAUGUUUCAAACGCGCCGAUAAAAAAGAAGUCAAAGUUGCACAAUUGGCUGGUGCUGUUGGUGAAAUGUCAGCAUAUCAUCAUGGAGAACAAUCAUUAAUGUCAACAAUUGUGAAUUUGGCUCAAAACUAUGUUGGCUCUAAUAACAUCAAUCUAUUAAUGCCAAUUGGGCAAUUUGGUACUCGAUUACAAGGAGGAAAAGAUAAUGCUUCGCCUCGUUAUAUUUUCACUCAACUUAAUCCUGUAACUAAAACUCUUUUUCCUCCAUCUGAUGAAAAUGUUCUUCGUUUCCUUUAUGAAGAAAAUCAACGAAUUGAGCCUGAAUGGUAUUGUCCUGUUAUUCCAACUGUUCUUGCAAAUGGGGCUGAAGGUAUCGGAACUGGAUGGUCUACAGUAGUUCCAAAUUACAAUCCUCGUGAAUUGGUCGACCAAAUGCGUCGUUUAAUCAAAGGAGAGCCUCUUCAGCCUAUGAUUCCAUGGUAUAAAGGUUUUACUGGCGAAAUAGUUGGUAGCAACAAUAAUGGCAAAUUUGAAUCUCGUGGCAUUAUUAAUGUUAUUGAGAAUGGCACAGUUGAAAUUACUGAACUUCCUGUCAAAACUUGGACACAAACUUACAAAGAGAAAAUUAUUGAACCAAUGUUUGAUGGUUCAGAGAAGAAUAAACCGCAACUACUUCAAGACUACAAAGAAUAUCAUACAGACACUACUGUGCAUUUUAUUUGUAGAUUAAAGCCUGAUGACAUGGCAAAAGCAGAACAGAAAGGAUUGUACGAUGUGUUCUCGCUUAAAUCAAGUAUUAAUACUUCGAAUAUGGUUUUGUUUGAUGCAGCAGGUUGUCUACGUAAAUUUGAAACGCCUGAACAAAUAUGCCAAGAAUUCUUUGACUGUAGAAAGGAAUUGUAUAAGAAGAGGAAGGCGUAUCUUGAAGGAAUGUUGCAAGCACAAAGUAACCAGCUUUCUGAAAAGGCUCGCUUUAUUAUGAUGAAAAUUAACGGCGAAAUCCAUAUCGAGAAUAAAAGAAAGUCUGCAAUUAUUGAACAAUUGCAGAAAAACAAGUUCAAGCCAGAUCCUGUAAAACAGUGGAAGGAGGAACAAAAACGUAAGGAAUUGGAAAUGUGUGGGGAAGCGAAUCUUACCGAAGAUGAGGAAGAGGACGAGGCUGAAGAAAAUGAAGCUGUCAACGUCGAACUUGAAAAGAAGGUUUCCGACUAUGAUUAUUUAGUUGGAAUGGCUAUUUGGAAAUUAUCUAUGGAAGACAAAGAUAAAUUGCUAGCUGAAAGUGAAGCAAAAAAGAAGGAAUUGAAUAUUUUGAAAGGAAAGGAAUGGUUUGAUUUAUACGAGGAAGACUUGAAAACAUUUUUGGAUGCUUUGGAUGCACAGGAAGAUAAGGAAAAUAAAGAAGCAAAUGCCGGGAAAAUCAAACCGAAAAUGAAGGUGGAAAAGGCAAAAAAGCGUCAAGUCAAAGAUGAUAGUGAUUCGGAUUCUGAUUUUAUUGUCAAGAAGAAAGAGAAACGUCGACAAAUAGUUGACGAUGAUGAUGAACCUGAUCCUGAUGUAGUUGUUAAGAAGAAGAAAGAAAAACGGCGCCAGAUAAUAGAGGAUGACGAUGAUGAUGAUUUUGUUAUUACCAAUAAGAAGAAAAAGCAACCUAACAAAUAA